AUGUCUGUAACAGACACCCGGUUUCCUGCUCUAUUGGAGCAGUUUGCCGCGGAUUUACAGAGUCCAAAUGAAGAUAUACGUCGUCGAGCAACAGAUGAACUUUACGAACGUAUUAUUUCACAAUAUGCAGAUGCUCCAUCUGAUGUUGUUACAGUCAUUGCUGAACAGGUACAAGAAUUUAUAAGAAACAAAAUGGCUAAUCCAAAUGAUGUCAAUGAAAAUCGCGCCGCUCUUCUUGUUAUUCUAUGUUUUGUUUGUGCUGGACAAAAUUUUUAUACUGAAUUAAGUAAUAAAUUAGAACCAAUAUUACGUGGUUAUAAACAAAUGUCAGUUGAUGCUAAUCUAUGUGAAUUAGUUGUCAAAUUAACAUGUAUACUCGUUAAAGGUUGUGGUCGAAUGAGUAUCGAUCAAUUUUCACUAGAUGUUCCUAAAGCACUUGAACGUAUCUCGCGAGAAGAACAACAUGAAACAAGACGUUAUAGUGGUAUAACAAUAUUAAAAGAAAUAGCUAUAGCUGCUCCAUCACGUUAUUAUCAUUUAAUAACACCAGUUGAACAAUUUUUUGAACAACUUUUUGGUACAAUGACAGAUCCAAAACAAUAUAUUCGUGAAGCAUUUGCUGAAACAAUGCAAGCAACAUUAGUUGUUCUUAUUGAUCGUGAACGUGAAGAACAAAAAAAUAAUAAUAGUGAUAUAACAACUGGACAAGAUUUAACAAGUAGUAAUACAAGUUAUGCAAUAAAUACAGAAUCAAAUACAUUUUUAAAAGCAUAUAAUAUGGCUUAUAAUGAAGCAAUGAAAUGUUUACAAGUUGAGACAACAACAAAAAAUAAAAAUACACAAAGAGAAGAUCGAAUUCAUGGUGGACUUCUUUUACUUAAUGAAUUAUUACGUGUAUCAGAUGUUAAAUUUGAAAGUAUCUGUCAAGAUUUAAUUCAACCAUAUAGUGCACCAAAACCAAAACCAAUUUCAUAUAAAGAUGUUCAUCGUUCUCGUGUUGCUUUAACAUUCGAACGUACUGGUCCAUUAUCUCCAAUGGAUAUUAUUGAUAAUCCUGAACAAUCUCAAAUUCAAGUACAAUCAUCUUUAAUUCGUUCAAUUAUGCUUGAUAAUUUUGUUAAUAUUUCUAAUCAAGUAUUUCAAUAUCGUCAACAACCAAAAUCUAUGAUACCUAAUGUUUUAAUCCGUAUAUUACCACGUUUAGCAUCAUUAGAUUAUCGAUGGUUUUCUCAUCAACCCUAUGUCGAUGCUACAAUGACAUUUAUAUAUGAACGUAUAAAUUCUCAUGAAUUAAAAGAACGUCAAUUAGCAUUUCAUGCAUUAGGUUUAAUGAUAUUAUCGGAUAAAACAAAUCGAAUAAAUGAUACAGAUUCAUUAAUAACAACAACACCAUUAACGAAAGAUAUGACGAAAAUAUUUGAAUGUUUAAAACAAACAUUUAUUCCAAUAUCAUCAACAAAUACUUCAAUAACAUCUGGACAUGCUCAUCGUCGACAAAAUUCAAAUCAAUCAUCAUCAUCAUCUCAACAACAACAACAAUCAUCAAUAAAUAAUUUAUUACCAUGUCGAUAUUCAUCACCUGAUUCAAGUGUAUUUGCAUGUAUAACAAUGAUUGGUGAAGCUGGACCAGAUGCAUCAAAAUGUUUAGAUAAUUUAUUAGAAUAUUUAUUACAUUGUGGUUUAAAUCAUUCAUUAUUAUUUUGUCUUGAUAAAUUAUGUUCAAUGCCAUUAAUACAUACAGAUACGAAACGUAAAAUUCAUCAAGGUUUAUUAGAAAAUCUUCGAUCAAUUCUAUCGAAUCCAUUAGCAUAUAAUCCAAAUUUAACAAAUGGACAAAGUGAUAUAAUACUUAUUGCUUUACAAACAUUAAGAAUAUUUCAUUUUGAAGCACAAGCUAUUGAACCAUCUUUUAUUGAUAUACUAAAUCAACGUUUUAUUGAACAUGAUAGUGUACGUAUUAGAAUUGAAUCAAUUAUAACAAUAACACAUUUAUUAAGAAAAUUAUUAUUACCACCAUCACAAGCAAGUCUAUCAACAAAUACAACUACAUCAUUAAUAGCAGCUAAUAAAUUACGAAUUAAAAUUGGUGUUAUUACACAAAGAAUAUUAACAAUUGGUGUUACUGAUUUAGAUCCUGAUGUACGUUAUAAUGUUUUUUUAACAUUACAAGAUGAUUUUAAACAAUUCUUAGCUAAAUCAGAAGCAUUAGAAUUAUUAUUUUUUUCUUUACAUGAUGAAUGUCAUGAAAUAAGAGAAUUAGCUUUAAGUCUUAUU